AUGGCUGGAAUGUGGCUGGACCGCUUCACUGCUCCUUCCGCUACCACUCCAACAGGCUCACUCACUCCCUCUCGUCCCUAUUCCCCUGCCCCGCCCCGGAAGAACUCCAAUCUUGCUCCUCCGCAACGACAUGGCCUUGGCCUCUCCGGUCCUGCUAGGUCCUCCACUUCCUCCUUGGAUUUGAGUGCCAAUACAUCCACUGCGUCUCUCGUUCAACCCCCAAGAGUUGUCAAUGGCUCCUCUUUACGAUUCGAACAACGACCACCUUCCGAUGUUGAAGAUCCUUUAAAGUUGUUGCGACGUAUCCUUGGUCAAUCCGGACAUGGCUCUGAGGAAGACAAUAUCAAACAUAAGAACCCUCGGGAAGUAGAUGUCGAUUUUGGAGGACUCAGCCUUGAGGAAUUCCUUCAGCAAGAACCACCUCAACGACCCCAGCCUCUGAAAAGUCUGUCUGAAGCAUCCGCAAGGGAAAGUCGCCAGAAAUAUCAAGACUUCCACAAUUCAAUAGCCGAAUGCGAUCAAGUUCUGAACUCUGUCGAGGGCUAUUUGACGAACUUCAAGGCUGAGCUUGGUCAAGUCUCCGCUGAAAUAGAGAAUCUCCAAGCUCGUUCCAUUCAGCUCAAUGCAAAACUUGAGAACCGUCGUAAAGUUGAGAAGUUGUUAGGUCCAGCCGUUGAAGAAGUAAGCCUCUCUCCUUACACAGUAAAAUCGAUUGCCGAGGGCCCUAUCAACAAUAACUUCAUCAAAGCGCUCAAUGAGAUUGAAGCCCGCUCGGCUCUCAUAGAAGCCAAGGAGAAGCAAGAUGAGAACGUCAAGGCCCUACAGGAUCUCAAACCUCUGCUUGACGAUUUGAAUGCGAAGGCCAUUGAACGGAUCAGGGACUAUAUCGUGGCUCAAAUCAAAGCUCUUCGGUCACCCAAUAUAAAUGCCCAAGUGAUUCAACAACAGACCUUCUUGAAAUACAAAGACUUGUAUAAUUUCUUGGCCAGAGCCCACCCUGUCCUAGCCGAAGAAAUAGGUCAAGCCUAUGUCAAUACCAUGAAAUGGUACUAUAGCAGUCACUUCAGUCGCUACGAGCACGCCUUGUCAACACUACAACUACAUGUAUUUGAUCAGUAUGAUCUUCUGGGCUCGGAAUCUGCUCCUGCGCGGAGAAAUGUACUAGGAAGCUCCAAAACCAGUGCUCCGCAACAUGAUUCUUUCAGUCUUGGUCGACGAGAAGAUGUCCUCAAAUCCAAGAAUGACUCCGCCUUACCUUCAUACUUGGCUGAAGACAGCAAAGCAGCCCAUUACAUGGAGACGCCUUUCCGCAACUUCAACCGAGCCCUUGUGGACAACAUAUGUGCGGAGUAUGCGGUUUGUGGAGAGUUGUUCUCUACAAGUAGUUAUCAUCAAAUUACCCGACGUGUGACCGAAAUCUUUGAGUCGACUUUUACCAUGGGUCACAGUCUGACAAAGCGGCUAGUGGAAAAUGCAAAUGAUUGCCAAGGAAUUCUCCUUUGUGUUCGUUUGAAUCAGCAUUUCGCAUUCGAACUCCAAAGACGAAAAGUCCCCGUUGCAGACUCAUACAUCAACUACACCAAUAUCCUCCUGUGGCCACGCUUUCAGAUGAUUAUGGACGCACAUUGUGAAUCCUUGAAGAAAGUCCCUGUGGGCACCGCUCGGGGUGCCGCAGCUGCAUUUUCUCUUGUCGGCGCCGGGUCCAACGAGUCUUCCAAGACGUCUGUGGCCCCACACUCGGUCACUCAACGCUUCGGUCAAUUCCUACAUGGCAUCUUGACCCUCAGCGCAGAUGCUGGUGACGACGAACCUAUUUCGAAAAGUCUCGGCCGUCUGCGAUCCGAGUACGAGAUACUCCUGGGCAAAUUAGCCAAGGGGGUUGGUGGCGAUGCUGCCAAGCGGAACAAAUUCCUGUACAACAACUAUAGCCUGGUCCUGACCAUAGUCAGUGACACGAAAGGUAAGCUUGCUGAAGACCUCAAGGACCAUUUUGGUAAUGUGGUCCGUGAGCUUAAGGCUCGCUAA